UUGGGGACCAGACAGAAUCAGAGAUGUGUUAAACGUUUCACUGAUUUUUAACGAACCUUCUUUCAAAUCAUCUUUCUGAUAACAUCCAUGCUUGUGCAUAAUUUCAGAGUGUCUGCUUCUUCUGAUGUACCACCCUUGCUUUGUUGCACCAUAAAACUAACAUUUCAAGACAAAGAGAAAGGAAGUUCUGCAAAAGUAACAUUUGAGGAAGACGCUACGAGCCUCAUCGAAAAAGAGAGGAGACAGGCUUCCAUCAAAGCCAAAGUACUACGUGUUCAAAAGGACUUGGAGAAGGCGUUACAAGACAAAGCAGGCCUGGAACGAAUGCUUAACGCUUAUACGGAAUCUCCACAGUUCUCAGAUGCAAAGAAUCAGAAUGAUAUCACUGAGCAGCUUGAUGAGACAUCUCUGAAAGUUAUCCUUCUGCAUGCAAACCACUUCAAGCUGGCGACUGUGCUUGCAGAAAUUGAGCAGAUGCCCAAACCAGUCGAACCCAGGAACUGCAUUUCAAAAUGGAAGGAAAAGGACUGUGUGCAUCACUCUGUGGCAAUCACCCGCCCUGUUAAGAAGAAACAUUUUAAGCAAACUUUGAGCACAGGGGCCACCAGUGAAGAAGGAAUUAACAGGAGUUGUCCACCAGGUAAGAACACAAUCCAUUGCAGGAUCAGCAUGUGAAGUCUAGGGUUCUCU